AUAAUGGAUCGGGUCAACGAGUCAGAUCUAACUCUUGACAUAUCGGUGUGUCGGAUUGGGUUCCAAUUAAGCAUGCGCUACAAGUCAAAUUACUUCGACCCAACUUUGUUCUCAAUCUAAUCAGGUUCAUUAUGGCUCGAGUCCGGCUCACAUUGCAACCGACUUCCAGCCGAUUGUAGCCGUCAGAUGUGGGGUGUUGCCCUGUUCUUGCUUCCUAACGAUCGUGACCGUCGAUUUUGUCCAAUCAGAAAUUGACGGUUGCAAUCAUCUGGAAGAAUGGACAUGACACCUAUUUACCACAAAGCCACCCUCAUCCGUCGGCUCCGCCAUCAGUCCAUUGCAACCUCGUGUCUCCUCUCCCGCCAUGGUGGCCAUCCCCGCCUUCUCCCUUUGUUCCCCUCUUCCCCUCUCCCCCAGGCCUAGAAGAGCACCAAUCGCGCCCCGUCGGCCGACGGCCCUCGCCAACACCUUGGAGGCUGAGCGCGGCGUCCAGUUCGAGACGGGCGACUCCUUCUUCCGCCGUGAGAGCGCCGUCGGCCGCGACCUCGGCGUCCUCUCUGCCGCCCUCCAUAGGCGCUCUCUCCCUCCUGGCGGCGGCCUCCGUGUCCUCGACGCCAUGUGCGGCUGCGGCGUCCGCUCCCUCCGCUACCUCGCCCAGGCCGGUGCCGCCUUCGUCUGGGCCAACGACGCCUCCGAGGGCUGCCGCCCCCUCAUCCUCUCCAACCUCUCCGGCCACCCCCGGGUCUCGCCCCAGGGCGACCGCAGCUGGGUCGUCACCCACCUCGACGCCAACAGGGUGCUCGCGGAGAACUACCUCCGCAAGGAGUUCUUCGAUCUCGUGGACGUCGAUUGCUUCGGGAGCGACUCCUCCUUCAUGAGACUGGCAAUUGCCACUAUCAGGAAGGGAGGAUUGCUGUACGUCACCUCCACCGAUGGGUAUUCGUCGGGAGGGCAUCGCCCUCAUUGUUCUUUGGCUUCAUACGGAGCAUAUGUUCGCCCAAUGCCAUUUUCGAAUGAGGUUGGUUUACGGAUGCUUAUAGGUGGUGCUUUACGGGAAGCAGCUGCUUUGGGCUAUCAUAUAUCACCACUUUUCUCUUUUUAUUCAUAUCAUGGACCUGUAUUCCGAGUAAUGUUGCAAGUGGAUCGCGGACAGCUCCAUGAAAAAAGCCGAUAUGGUUUCUUAAGCUACUGCCAUGGUUGCGGAAAUUCUCAAACAUUUUCUUGGGAAGAACUUGGCCAAAUUUCAUGUGCAUGCAGAAAAGGCGAGAUUUCCAAAUCUGUUGUUGUCUCAGGCCCUCUCUGGACUGGUCCUCUCCAUGAUGUAACUCAUGUGACUGACAUGUUACAAUUAGCUACGGAGUGGGGAUGGGCAUGCACUAACCGGAACAAGGUUGAUUUGGAGAAACUUCUAAACCAAAUGAUAGAGGAAGGGGACCCUCGACUACCUCCUGGAUACAUCAAACUUGACGAGAUUGCUAGCCGAGGGAAAAUGAAUUCUCCUCCUCUUAGUACCCUGAUUAACACACUACAAGAGGUAUGUGACUUAGUCCAGUCGUGCAAUUUAUAUAGUUCAAUUAUCGUGGUUGGGGAGAUAAACUCACUUCCUUUUUGCACUCAAUAUCCCCUGGUGGUUUCACUACUUCACCUGCCUGCUUUUCUCAGCUUAUCAGGCUUUGACAAUAUGUUUUGUCUGUGGGUCUGUGAACAACGCUUGUUUUGUUUUGGGUUUGAGUUUUAUAAAACUGUUUGAUGUUCCACGUUUUCGUUCAGGUUGUUCUUCUCACUCAUGAUAGUUUUCCUAAUCUUGAAUGUUGGAUAAGCAGGAAGGUUAUGUGGCUUCGAGGUCCCAUAUCGCGCCCAAUGCAAUCAAGACGAAUUGCCCGAUCACUGAAUGUAUUCAGUUUGCUUGCAGACUUCGAUGCAGCACGAGCAACAGAAGGUAGACUAAUUUGCUGCUGGAAAGUGGAGACCACCCCAUUCUGAGCAGUCUCAAACAAUUCGAUACAUUUUUUAUGCCAGGCCUCAUACAACAAAAUGGAUCAUGUAAUGCAUUGAAUCUCUCCUGAAAGGUGUAUCUGUUUUAAAGAGCCAAAGAUUUGUCAUUGCCAACA